GGGUUUGUCAAAUGUUGUCAAAUGUCAAUUUGAGUAAAUUUUGUCGAAUUUUGUCUUCAACAAAUAAAUGUAAAUUCAUGGUUGCGUCUUAGUUUGUUAUUUUAACGUUCAUUUAAUAAAAAUACGAUAAUGAUUUCAUUUGAUUAUAUGUCUCGUGUGUGCUUUUUAUAUUUGGCUGUUUUGUUAACAACAGUGUACACCGAGGACGUAUGUGUAAAAAAAGGACCUUGUACAUGUGAAUUUCCCAAUGGCACCGGUAUUGACUUAACGCCAACUGCAAAAGCAACGUUUUUCAACACGCAAACCUACAAACUAGAGAACAGUGGUGCAAGAUUGGCUCUAAGUACAUUCUAUUAUCAUCCCUGCAGCGACAUUGUACUUCCAAUAAACACCAGUGCUGCUGCUACUACGACAUGCAAAGAUUCCUUGGCGUUAUGCUGGUACAUCAGCUACAUGGAUCUUUUAAACACAACAAAAGACACAUUUAAAAAAGAUGGUGGAAACUAUCAGUAUUUAGGAACUUCAAAUUAUACUACAUUCAGCCCUGAUGGGAAAUCAAUCACAUAUCCCAAUGUUCCAUCGUCCACAGUGGUAAUGUUAGUAUGCGCUACUACAGAAGACCGGUUAGAAGUUUAUUCCCUGGAUGAUCCAUCGAAAGUUGUGCUAGCAUUCUAUUCAAAAGACGCAUGUUUGAAGCAAAUUGAAGAGCCUGGCCGUUCACUGGGAUCCACCCUGCUUAUAAUAUUCUUUUCAUUUGUGAUACUCUACAUUGUCCUUGGAGUAUGCACAAAGAAAUUCCUGAUGGGUGCAACUGGUCUUGAAGUCAUACCUAAUUUGGCGUUUUGGUCUGAUUUACCUAACCUUGUUAAGGAUGGCUGGGCGUUUGCGAUCAAUGGAUUCAAGCUACCAGCUCGCGGCGCAGGCCCCGCGACGUCGCCGGACCCCAAUAGCUAUGACAGCAUAUAACAUCAGAGGGAGGACCCGCUCGACGAAGGUCAGCUCGUUUUGAUUGAGUAACCUCGCGUUUUAUAUGGACUUUGUAGUGUUAUACGACUUUCCACCAUCAUAAUUUUUUUAUUAACGUUUGAGCCCGUGACGUCAUUGGACCCUAACAGUUACGGCAGCAUAUAACAUCAGAGAGAGGACCCGCUCGCCGAAGGUCAGUUCGUUUUGAUUGAGUAACCUCGCGUUUUGUAUGGACUUUGUGAAACGAAUCGAUACGAUUUUCAAUGUAUUUAAAAAAAAAUAAUGUUUGGGUUCGUGUCGCCACUGGACCCCAACAGUUACAACAUAACAUCAGAGUAAGGACCCGCUCGACGAAGGUCAGCUCGACGAAGGUUUUGAUUGAGUAACCUCGCGUUUUAUAUGGAUUUUGUGUAACGGAUCGAUAGUGUUAUGCGACUUUCGCCACAAUUUUUUUUUAUUAACGUUUGAGCCCGUGACGUCACUGGGUCCCAACAGUUACGACAACAUAUAACAUUAGAGGGAGGACCUGCUCGACGAAGGUCAGCUCGUUUUGAUUGAGUAACCUCUCAUUUUGAAUUUAGUUUACCUCAAUAUAAUCGCUGUGCAUGCAAAUUCCGUUUUGUGGAAAAUUAGACGUUUUCAGGAGAAACUACUAUUAAUAUUUUGGGAAAAAAUUUAAUUACUUUGCGGUAAAAAUCUCAUAGUUAAAAAUGUUAUCUCUAACUAGCACACAUGCUAAAGAACGGGUCUGCAUGUACGCGCGCCUUUUAAAAUUGAACAAAACGGCAUCAAAAACAAUAGUCCAAAAAAAUCAUAUAGCGGACUUUAAAUGCGCAGCGACAUAAUGUAAUGUGCAAUAAUAAGCAAGAACCAAAACGCUGGCCAUACAGCUAUUACCGUCAAGUUUGCAGCGGACUUGAAACAGCGUCCAGUUAACUGAUAGCCGUACACCGUCAAGUUUACUGGACGCCGUCAAGUCUGUCUUUGUCUUGUGGGAGGCUUCGGCAGUGGCUAGUUACCACCCUGCCUGCAAAGCUGUACCGCCAAGCUAUUUACCGUUCCGGUACGAUGCCGCGUAGAAACCUAAGGAGGUUUAACGAAAACUGCCAUACCCCUUCCAGGUUAGCCCGCUUCCAUCUUAGAUUGCAUCAUCACUUACCAUUAGGUGAGAUUGCGGUCAAGGGUUAACUUGUAUCUGAAUAAAAUAAAAAAAAAUUCGCUGUAAACUUGACUGUAAACUUAAUCUUGAAUGGCCACCAUAAGUUAUCUGGUUGUAUGCAAACUUUUUCUUCUUCAUAUUAUUAUUUAAUGAUUGCGCGCUUGUGUUUUACUGUUGUUAAAUUUUAGAUUAGAUAAGUUUUUAUAUAUUUUUAAUACUUUCUUUCUUCAGAUAACAAAAAAUGCACAGGUUUUUGUGACAUUUUCUUUCAUUUAAGAUUUUUAUUAAAAUCUAAAUAAGUUGUAUCGAAUAUGAAUUACUAUCACUCCAAUAUCAAAAUAUCUAAUGAGGUGGAUAUUAUAGUAUAAAAAUAAUAUUAAUAUAUAAUAUUUUGUAAGAAGUUUUAAAAAACGUAUCUAUUUUCUCAUAAAUCUCGAAUUAUUUUGCGUAACAAAAGAUUAAGAUUUUCGACUGUCUGUUUUCAACGUUUUCUUGUUAGAGAACCCACUUAAUAUAAGUAAACUCAUUAAUAAUCUCGUAGGUAUAUUCGCUUUUACAAGAAAAAAUACAUUUUAAUUCUAAUUUCUAGUAUUAUAGUAGAAAUAUUUUCAAAAGUAUUUAUAAAGUAAAACAGCACUAAAACCCGACUACUACCAGCGAACUGCUCAUAGAUAGAGAUAGAUAUAGUAGAUUAAACUGUUUUUUUGUCGCUCCAAGUAUUUUUACAUUGUACAACAAUAUCUAUAUUAAUGACCUCAGAAUUUUUUCCUCUUUCAUUUGAUAUUGCACUCCAUACAAAAAAAAAAAAUUGUUGUAAUUAUUUUUUGUAUACUGUAGUUCAUAUCCAAAGUGUUUAAAACUCAUAUUUCACCACUAAUUUUUAAUUACUAUAAAAAUUUUAAAGAUAGAAACAGGAAAAAUUUAUCAUUUUAAAUGUGCUAUCAGAUAUUUAAUUAUUGCUUUAAUUUACCAAUGUUAUUAAAGUUUGUUUUGUUUUUAAAACAGGAAUAAAUGUGUGGACACACUAUUUUUAUAGUAAUUAAAAAUUAGUGGCGUGUAUUUUGUAGAUAAAUAUAAUGUUUUAUACAACCUCAACAUUGGUACGUAAUAAGAUAGCAGUUUGAUAUUAUGAGGCCAAGAUCGCUAGUUAAAUAUUACAGUUGGAUGAUAUUUGAAACCAGAGAUUACAAAACCUUUGCAAUCAAUACGACAGUCGUAAUCUUGUUUAGUUGUAAUUAUUGUACUAUUGGGUCAAAUUCGCAGUUUAAAUAACACUUCUUUAAUAUUGAAUCAAUCACAAGGACGAAAACUGAUCAAAAGUUUCGUAGUAAAAAGUGCUAAUUGCUAACUUACUAUUAUUGUCAGGUUAAAGCGUAUUGCAUAAGUUAUUACAUAUUAAUAAAAAUAUCAUAAGUAUUUGAAACUCGUGGACUUCAAUUUUUGUAACAAUAUUUUUAGGCACUAAUGAUUAUUAUUUAUAAAUCUAUUUUAAUAUAUAUUACAGGUAUAAAUUAUAUAUUUUAUACAUAUUUAGUAUUUUUGGGUAUUAACAUAUGAUAUAAUCUGAAUAGGUACAGAAAAACGAUAUUUUUAUUUAGGUAGUUGUUUUGUAAUGUUACCUAUAUAACGUUUGCGUUGUUGUUUUAGUGUGGGAUUUUUGUAUAUUUAUGAUAUGAAUUAUUCAUGAGUGGAACAAACAAGGGGUUGGUAACAAAAAAUAGGUACGAAUAUAAUAUGCCAAUAUUCUUUGAGUAAGGCAAAUAUUUUUUCUGAGAGAACAUGGAGCACUUUAAUUUAAACUCGUGCCUCGAUAGCUCAACGGUUGAGGAGCGGACUGACUUCCGAAAGGUCGGCGGUUCAAACCCCACCCGUUGCACUAUUGCCGUACCCACUCCUGGCACAAGCUUUACGUUUAAUUAGAGGGGAAAGGGGAGUGAUGAUUGAUAAUGAUGAGCAUGAUUAGCAUGGCUAAUAUUCUUCAAAAAAAAAAAUAUAAGCUCUAUGUCUGAUACACUGACUCAUAUAACAUAGUUUAGAUAUCAUAAACCUGGACAGUGAUAUUAAUUGGAUUGAGCUAUAGCGAGAGCUCGAACUCGCUUGUUUCAUUCAGAAUUUCUUCAGAUUCCUGGAGUCAAAGACUUUUAACUUACGAUUUCUAAACUAUGCUUAUACUGUAUCUUUUGUACUUUCAAUUUUGUAUUAAUUACAUGCAAUUAAUAUUUUGUUAAUACAACGAGGGCUGAUUUUUCAAUUGCCAAAUAAUCUUAAAGAUUUGUAGGAUAAAGGUUUGUGUUUUGACAGAUUUCCAAUAAAAAAACUGUCAAAUUUUUAAGUUUACACAUUUGGCGAUUAAGAAAUCUGUCCUGAGUCUGUUCUGAGUUUGAUUUUGUUCUGUUUCGUUAUUGAAUUACUACGAGAGAGACUGAGAAGAAAGACUUGGCUUUAAUGUAUUUUUAUUGUUGAGUUACUUUUGUUGAUAUUACCUUCUCUCGUUUUUCUUAUCAACCAUAUUAUUAUGUUCAUAAUUUUUUAGAUAAGGCAUAUCUUAUCUAUCUAGAUAGACCUUCACCGACGUAGAUCAAAUAUUUUGAAUCUAAAUUUUUAUUGCUUUAGUAGCUCUUACCCGCAGCUUCACCUGUAUAUAUUAAAAUUAAUCUGCUUUUAUUCAAGCGAUUUUCUUUUCUUUUUUAAUUUAUUAAAUUUAGAUUAAAAUAAUUUAAAUACAAAAACGAGCUUCCUACCCUCUGCACUAGGAAAUACCUGUAUUGCAGAAGGUAGUUCCUCUGGGAUACAAUAAAAUAAUACAAUUCUCAUAAGUUUCAGCUUUUUCAUUAGUUACCAACUUACUUUACUUACUAUGAUGGUCUAUCUAGGUAUAACGUAGUUAUAAAAUUGUAACACUACAUGUAAGUGCCAAUAAAAAUAUAUUUCUUACUAAAUUUUCCAUUAGAAUUGAUAUUUUCGUAGUAGUCGAUAUUAUUACUUUAGUAAAUAUUUGUGUGUUUAGUAAGUAAUCUUUUAUCUAAAUAUCUGCGUUAAAUUUUCUUACCUGUCCUUUCUUAUAUAUCAAUACCUUCUUAUACAACAUUGUUCUAUUUUCAUGGAGCCAAAGCACACGAUGCUUGUAUCAUCAGCG